AUGGACCAGCCCCGGAGGCUGUCCUUCUGUGCCCUUGCUGGGGCCUGGACCCCGCCAGAACUUUCGACCGACGAGUUUCGCAAUCAGGAGUUGCUGCAGCAGUCCCUCUUCGAGGAGUACUACCAUGUGGGGGAGAGCCUGGCGCAGGUAACCCCAAAACUCCGAGAACUGGCCGAGAUCGGGCUGACGACGAUGCCAGCAAUAGCUUUUGGUGUUGCGAACGGGCUCUACCACUUCUGCUUCUACCGGGAGGAGUGGGCAAGUACCACCAGCAUGCCUGGCAGCAUGCUCAACAUCGAGGAUAUGCUUCUGGCAGAGCGGCUUUUCCAGGUGUCUGUCGGCUUCAGCCAUUGUCUGGAUUCAGCGCAAGACCUGCAAAGAUUUUUGAUGGGUAUGUGCCAGCAAAAGUUGGCAAUGCUAUUCUUGAUCCAGAACGAACUCGGUGCCUCACUGGCUGAAGGUCGGGAGCUGCAACAGUCUGCCAGGGUGCUCCGUGCCGCCCACGACGUCUUCCAGUCCAUGAAGCGCGUCCCUUACCACGCUGCCCUUGGUGCCAUUGGAUGGCUGUUUCCCUCAGACGUGGCUCUGAAUGAUGAGCUGUACCCUCGCACAUUCGGGCCCGUCUGGCCAUCCAGCAGCUUUCCCUAUGCCGAGUUCCUGGAAUCGAACUUUGAGGUCUUUCUGGAAGACUUGAAAGGCAUCCUGGCCCAGGAAGGGCUCUUUGAGCAGUUGCGCAGGGCAGCUCGCAAUGCGGAGGGGCUGGCAGUGUGGCCUCCAGACACGCGAGGCCAUGUACAGCUGCUGGAUGGCAGGGAUGAGUCGCUGAUGCUGCCAACGUGUGCCUUUGCCCAGCGCAGUUGCGCGUUGUUGGCCUCCCGACCUGAGCUGGCACAGUGUCCACGCGCGGCGGCCUUCUUGGCACGGCUGGAGCCUGGAGCCUGGCUCAAGCCGCAUUUGGGCAACUCGCGGCGCCUCGCUGCGCAUCUCGGUUUGGUGACGCCGCCUGGUGCCGUUCUUAACGUGGGCUCGGUGCGGAACCUUCAAUGGGCUGCUGGUCGGGCACUGGUCUGGGACGACACACAUGUGCAUGAUGCGCGCCACGCUGGCGAAGGCACACGCUACAUACUGCAGUCCUUCUUCUGCCAUCCAUGUGAGCAGCGAGACCUGUACCGAGGCCACACGCAGGCGGAAGUGCAAUCUCUGGGCUCCGACGCUUCCUGCGAUUUCACGCAUCCCGUGCGCGCUGAGGUGUCGCGGGCUCUGCGGCAAGAGAUGGAUGAACGUGAGAGAGCCUACAGAGCGAUGCCCCGAAUGACUGUUCCUGCCAAUGCGCCUGUAAGCGUUUGA